AAAUUUUGAAAGCUGUUGUCUCAUUUAAUGACUUCAGUAUUCACGCGGGGAGUGGGACUCUACUCAGUUUCGAACUUUUGUGCUCACUCUCUCUGCGUCGUGCCGGGGCCAAGGUCUGAACCAUAAGCCGCACUCAGCUUUGUAUCCGACUUUCUCUUGCGCCAAUCGGUUACCGUUGAGAUAAGAAGAAACGCAUAACAAUGGAUGCUGGAAUGUUCAAAGCUGCAAUUGAUGGGAAUGAUGGUUUCUUUGAUGAAGCUGGGGGUGUGAAUCUAAAUCUUACGCAACUGACAGAGGGAGGGAACUCUGUUCUUCACGUAGCAGCAAUAUCUGGAAAGGUGCAAAUCGCUCGAAGGAUCCUCGCGAUAGAUUCACAACCAUCACUUUUGUGUGAGAAAAAUAGGAAAGGUGACACUGCACUACAUAUUGCAGCGAGGUUAGGGCAUUUUAACAUGACAGAACAUCUAAUAACUUGGCCAAAUGACCCAGAAGGUGGAGCGAAAAAGGAGCUACUAGAGAUGGAAAAUCUGGAGAAGAAUACAGCACUGCAUGAGGCUAUAAAAAAUGAUCAUUAUGACAUUAUGCAGUUACUAAUUAAUGAAGACCGAGGUUUGACUUCUCUUACAAAUAAUGCUGGGGAAUCUCCUCUCUUCCUGGCAGUGGAUAGAGGAUUUUACGAUAUUGCUAUUCAUAUCCUAGAAGCUGUUCCAGAAUGCUCCAAUGUGGGAAGGAAAAGCAUGAAUGUCUUGCAUGCGGCUGUCAUCCGUACACAAAGAAAGGAAAAGGCUGCUUGGCAAACAAUCUAUCAUUUCCUUCGUGCUAUUCUCAAGCUCUCUAACUCAGAAAAUGAACAAGCUACAAAAUGCGGCAUGACAAUAUUAGAUUUUAUGGGUAAGUUGUUAGAAGCUUGUCCAUCUGCAAUUGUAGAAGCGGAUGACUUUGGCUGGAUUCCUCUGCAUUAUGCUGCACAUUUUGGCAAUGAAAAAUUUGUCGAUCUAUUUUUGAAAAAGAACAUGUCCCUUGUUUACAUAAAGGACAAGGCAGGCAUGUCUGCUCUUCACAUAUCAGCAAAAGAAGGGCAUGCUGACGUAACAAGAACACUUAUUAGCGUAUGUCCAGAUAGUUGUGAAUUGUUGGACAACAGAGGUAGGACAGCUCUUCAUCUUGCUGCAGAAAGUGGAAGGAGUAAAGUGGUGAAAGUUUUCUUACAAACAUUGGCUUCUGAGGAUCUCAUAAAUCAGCAAGAUGAGAAAGGAAACACGCCUUUUCAUCUGGCUGCCAUGAAACGGCAUUAUGAACUAUUGAUGAUGUUGGCAAAAGACAGAAGAAUCGAUUGGAUGGCUGUGAACAAGGAAGGGAUGAGUACUGUUGACAUUAUUCAAUCAGAUAAACGACCUAAGUCGGGAAAAAAGACAAAAAUCAUGUCAAAGUUGAAUAGAGACGACAUCGGACUGAGUCUGGAACGAAUUGUUGACAGACAGACUACGGAAGUGCAGACUCUUGAUACAGAAGGACAUGGACAAUUGAUUCAAGAAACAGACAGAAAUGAGUCUGCUGCUGCAGAGGUCAGGACUGGAAUGGAUGCAGCCAACGGUAAUGCAGAGCAAAAUGAAGAAAAAGAAACACCAGAAGCUAUUCGGAAAAUGGCCGACGUCAAUUUGUUGGUAUCCACAAUCAUUGCAAGUGUCACCUACGCAGCGGUCAUCCAGAUGCCUGGUGGAUACGACAACAACGGUAAAGCAAUUUUAAGCACAAAGAAAGAUUUCAUAAGAUUUAUGUCUUUCAAUGCCUUGGCUUUUCUGUUUUCACUGGUCUCAAUGGUCGUCCAGUUCUGCGUUGGGCAUAUUAACGUAAGAGGAAAUUUCGUUCCCUUAUACGCAGCGCUCUGUCUAACAUUAACUGAAUGUUCUAUUAUCUACUGUGCCGCCGCCUUUUUUUGUGCUAUAAGUGCAACCUGGACCGAAGGAUUGACUGUUCUUUUCACCAGGGACAAAAAAAGGCGUACUUCUAGCUUUCCGCCUAAUUUUGAUGCUACUAGUACUGCUUUAAUGAUUCCUAGUAUAUUCUUUGUGACUGUCUUUUUUAUAUUUAACAAAAAAUACCUUGUCCCCAUUCUCCCGUAUAUCAGUGGCCUCCUGCAGCAGGUUUGAUUUCAUUACAUGAGGUGUUACCUGUUACGUGUUCAAAUAUUCAUCGUGUAAUCGGAGGGCUCAAAGCACCAGCAGUUAAUUGUCCUGGUCUUAUAUAUCCUCUCUCACUAGUGUGAUUUCAUUCCAGCGAGCCUUCUGCACAACCAACGUGGUCUUUUUCCCGCAACAACACAGUGCUCUGGCCGGCAGAUUGUUUUAUACUUUUGUGUAUCUUUUAUCUGUAUCCGAAAUUAAAUAAGAAUGUCCGCUGCGAUUUGCUGCAUCGGCCUCUAUGUAAUUGAUUGUUUUCACUUUUAGUUUGUGAACAACUUAUCAUUUUUCAGGCGAUUAUAUAUAUGGUUGUGUUUUAUAUUUUGA